AAAUGGACUGUUUUCCAUCGGUUUUUCUUAGCCCUUUGUAAGGGCUUUGAUCUUGGAGUGGUCUGCUGUGCUUCUCUGUCCUUCACUGCUUUACAGUCUGUCGAUGUGCUUUGCUGGUCCUUCUCCUAGUUUUCUCUCAGGAAUCCCUAUGCCUACUUUAAUUUCAGAAGUAAUGUUCGUACAGUUGAAAUGUAAGCAGUUUCCAUUUACCAGAAUUCAGUCAAUGCUUAGAUGCCAGGAAUUCUUCACUUAAGUUUUUUUUACUAGUGAAAAAAUUUCAGCACUUGCAGUGUCCAGAUUAUCUGAAGAUAUUCUUUUUUUCGAGGAGCUCUGUAGAAAUACCAUUAAAAGAAAAAUUUGAUUUCAGCAAACAAUUGUAAAUUUAGACUGAGUCUGGAUUUGCAGUCUUCCAAGUGAGGAGUGUGCAUGUGGGCUGGGAAUACUGGAAAGUCACAGACACAGCUUGUCUCUACUUAAUUCUGAAAGGACAUGGAGGAACAGUUCUGGCUGAACGUGUCAAAGCAAUUGCUUCAUUUGACCCAGCGACAUCCGUGCUGCUGCCUGGAGUGCGUAGGGACGUGAUGGUUAUUAAAGGGAUCUAAUUAGUGUUCUGAGUUUGCUGCCGUUAUGAUGCAAAAUAUAUAUACAUAUAUGUAAAAAAAAAGUGACUCGUUUGCAUUAUUUUGAUCUGAGGAGUAAUUGUAACUUUAAAGUUACUGAGUCACCUUCAGAGCAGUGCAGAAGUUGGGGAUAAAUGUGAAACCACGAAACUGAAAGUUAAUUAAAACAUGGUUUACACAGUAUCAUAUUUCUAAAAUUGACUGAAUAAUUCUGUUUGAACUGUUUUUUCCUUGAAAGACUGCAUGACUCUUGCCCUAAUGUCUUGCAAGCUGCCCUCAAUUUCUUCUAUUUAUAAGCAUGUGGCGUACCUUGAGUUCAUUCUCUUCGCUAUGAAGUUGCUUGUCUUAAAAAGACAGCACAUACUUUACUUAACUGGGCUGGUACACAGAAUCUUAAGUGAAAGAGAGGGUGAACUCUGAAUUCUUUGUUGUGCCAAAUAACAUUAAGUGGGUGGCCCCAGUAGCUUGGAAUGUGUUGUGUGGAAAGGGUUUUGUGUCAGGAGUGGGGAGCUCUGGAGAUCAAAGCUGGGGUUAAAGUACAUGCUGUCUCUUUAAGGAAAGAAAAAAGGGGGAAACUAGAAAAGAGUCUGUCCUUUCACCUGUUGUGUGCAUGAUUUUUCCUGUUACUUCUCUCUUGCCCUACUGCUGCCUCAUGCAAUGCAGGAGAUUCAGGAUGGACACAAUGGCUAUCAUUCUGAAGCAGAAGCUGAGCAGGCGCUGCGAGAUGGAAACAAACUGGCACAGAUGGAAGAGGCUCCGCUUUUUCCUGGCGAAUCAAUCAAAGUUAUUGCUAAAGAUGUUAUGUACAUCUGUCCAUUUAUGGGAGCAGUCAGUGGCACGCUGACGGUGACGGACUUCAGGAUGUAUAUCAAAAGUGUUGAAAGGGAUCCGCCUUUUGUUGUUGAUGUUCCUCUUGGAGUGAUAAGUAGAGUUGAAAAAAUUGGAGUACAAAGCCAUGGAGACAACUCAUGUGGUAUAGAAAUAGUUUGCAAGGAUAUGAGGAACUUGCGGCUUGCCUAUAAACAGGAAGAGCAGAACAGAUUGGAGAUUUUUGAAAACCUUGUAACACGUGCAUUUCCUGUUUCUAACGGACUGCCUCUUUUUGCAUUCAGCUAUAAGGAAAAGUUUGCUGUUAAUGGUUGGAAAGUAUACGAUCCAAUGUCAGAAUACAAGAGGCAGGGCUUGCCCAAUGAGAGUUGGAAAAUAUCAAAAAUUAACAGCACCUAUGAGCUUUGUGAUACAUAUCCUUCUGUUCUUGUUGUGCCAACCAGUGUAAAAGAUGAUGACCUCUCAAAAGUGGCAGCAUUUCGAGCAAAAGGCAGAGUUCCAGUGUUAUCCUGGAUUCAUCCGGAGAGCCAAGCAACAAUAACACGAUGCAGCCAGCCAUUGGUAGGCCCGAAUGAUAAGCAUUGUAAAGAGGAUGAAAAAUACUUGCAGACAAUUAUGGAUGCCAAUGCUCAGUCACAUAAACUUAUCAUCUUUGAUGCCAGACAAAAUAGUGUUGCAGAUACAAACAAGGCAAAAGGUGGAGGAUACGAGAGUGAAAGUGCCUACCCAAAUGCAGAGUUGGUCUUUCUGGAAAUUCAUAAUAUACAUGUAAUGAGAGAAUCCCUGCGUAAGCUUAAAGAAAUAGUUUACCCUACUAUUGAUGAGACUCGGUGGUUAUCAAAUGUGGACUCCACGCAUUGGCUGGAAUAUAUAAGGAUGCUUCUUGCUGGAGCAGUAAGAAUUGCAGAUAAAAUUGAAUCUGGUAAAACUUCUGUGGUGGUACAUUGCAGCGAUGGCUGGGAUCGAACAGCACAGCUUACUGCACUAGCUAUGCUUAUGCUGGACAGCUAUUACAGAACUAUCAAGGGCUUUGAAAUCCUUAUAGAAAAGGAAUGGAUAAGCUUUGGGCACCGAUUUGCAAUGCGAGUAGGACAUGGAGGUGAUGAUCAUGCCGAUGCAGACAGAUCUCCCAUUUUCCUUCAGUUCAUUGACUGUGUUUGGCAAAUGACAAAGCAGUUUCCUGCAGCCUUUGAAUUCAACGAGUUAUUUUUGAUCACCAUUCUGGAUCACCUUUAUAGCUGUCUAUUUGGGACUUUCUUAUGCAACUGUGAAAAAGAAAGGUUAAAAGAGGAGUUGAGCACUAAGACUGUAUCGCUGUGGUCCUACAUAAACAGUCAGUUGGAUGAAUUCACAAAUCCUUUCUAUGUAAACUAUGAGAACCACGUCCUGUAUCCUGUUGCCAGUCUGAACCAUUUGGAACUGUGGGUCAACUACUAUGUCAGAUGGAACCCGAGGAUGCGGCCUCAGGUUCCAAUCCAUCAGAACCUCAAGGAGCUGCUCGCCAUCCGGACUGAGCUUCAGAAGAAAGUUGAAGAUCUGCAACGGGAAGCAGCAACACGGUCCCUUUCCUCCUCCUCCGACAGAGGUUCAUCUCCAUCCCAUUCAGCCACACCAGUGCACACUUCUGUGUGAUGUGUAACUAAAGCUGUGUGAAACAGUUCAAGUCAGGUAAUACAAAGAGGGAGGCAGAAUGUUUUCCCAUCACGCAGGGAUUGUGAGUGGCUUGUAACUGCUAUGAUCUACAUGCCUUACUGGGUCUGAUAUUAUACAAUGAGGCCAAAAAGAGCUUCAGUAGAUGUGAUGUCUUGUAUUGUUGGCAGUCCCCACAUGUUUUGACAUCUCUACGUAAAUCGUCAAUUGUGAAAUUAAACUUUGUUUGAGCAACUAACAAUUUAACCAUCCUCAAAAGGGAAUCCAUCUGCUAAGCAGACAGAGAAAGAUGCCUCUCACACUGCCUCGGGUACCAUGCCUGCUUGAGAGAAUCGGAUGAAAAGGACACAAUGCUUACACAGAACACUGAGGACGUUUUUCUGAAUGGGAGCUCUGUAUUUCACACGGUAAUACAAUAUAUAUAUAUUUUUGGUAGAGCAAUUGUGUUUUUUAAGGAAAUUGAUGCACAUGGAAAUUGAUUUUGAAGUAAUGUUUUCCAGUGUAGUCAGUUUUGCAUUUCAACUAAAUAUGCCAUUAAAGUGGAUGAAGAUAAACUGGGUUUGUCAAAUACACCGUGCUGACGUGUAUGAUGUAAUAUAUUUGGUGAAGCAUGUAUUUUAGUUUUUUUAAUGCCUUUUGUACAAGUUGCAAUAAAGUCAUUUGAUGGUUUAGUUCAUUGUUCAGCUUCAGCCUCCUGAGUGAGGGGUGGACUUAAUCACAUCAAGGUCUUGUUCAAAGUACAGGUUUGUUUUCUAGCAAAUAAUAGCACUGGGGGUUGAAAUGACACUCAGCUGUGUAAAUUGUAUAGUCUGUAUAGCUCCACAUGUUGUUAGCAGUGUUU